UUAGCACAACAGUCACUUGUUUGACUCUUGAAUAUGGCGGCUGCUCAGCUCACCUUCAACCUCCCGUCCUCCUCCUUCACAAAACCCCAAAACCACCCUCUGCCCCGAAACCCAUUUUCCCCAAACCCCAUUCUACCCUUGAGACCCUCCCUUAAACCCCUCCUCCUCAAAGCCGUCGUCUCCCAAGACCACCCUUCUCAGACUCAAACGCCGCCGCUCAAGCACUGCUUCUCCAAAUCCCCAAAUGGGUUCCUCUACUGUGAGGGCACCAAGGUCCAGGACGUCAUGGAGUCCGUGGAGGAGAAGCGCCCUUUCUAUCUCUACAGCAAGCCCCAGAUCACCCGAAACGUUGAGGCCUAUAAGGACGCAUUGCAGGGUUUAAGCUCUGUUAUUGGUUACGCUAUUAAAGCCAACAACAACUUCAAGAUUUUGGAGCAUUUGAGGGGUUUAGGCUGCGGCGCUGUCCUCGUUAGUGGCAAUGAGCUCAGGUUGGCUCUUCGAGCUGCCUUCGACCCAACUCGGUGUAUAUUCAAUGGGAAUGGGAAGUUGUUGGAUGACUUGGUUUUGGCUGCCCAAGAGGGUGUCUUCAUCAAUGUCGAUAGCGAGUUUGACUUGGAGAAUAUUAUUAGAGCUGCAAGAAUUGCUGGCAAGAGGGUUAAUGUCCUUCUUCGAAUCAACCCGGAUGUAGACCCCCAGGUACAUCCGUAUGUUUCCACCGGAAACAAGAAUUCCAAAUUGGGUAUAAGAAAUGAGAAGCUGCAAUGGUUUUUGGAUGAGGUUAAGAAACAUCCUGAUGAACUGAAACUCGUUGGGGCCCAUUGCCAUCUUGGAUCCACCAUUACAAAGGUGGAUAUAUUUCGAGAUGCUGCAGUUCUUAUGGUCGAGUACAUUGACCAAAUCCGAAAUCAAGGUUUUGAUGUUAAUUACUUAAACAUCGGUGGUGGUCUCGGGAUAGAUUACUAUCACACUGGUGCUGUUCUUCCAACACCCAAAGAUCUCAUUAAUACUGUUCGGGAGGUGGUCCUAUCACGAGAUCUGAAUCUUAUCAUUGAACCUGGAAGAUCACUUAUUGCAAAUUCUUGCUGUUUGGUCAACCGAGUAACAGGGGUGAAAACAAAUGGCACCAAAAACUUUAUUGUUAUUGAUGGCAGCAUGGCUGAACUCAUUCGUCCCAGUCUGUAUGAUGCUUAUCAACACAUUGAACUAGUUUCUCCUGCCCCACAUGAAGGUGAGAUUUCUACUUUUGAUGUGGUUGGCCCUGUCUGCGAGUCUGCAGAUUUUUUAGGGAAGGAGAGAGAACUUCCAACUCCUGCAAAGGGAGCUGGUCUGGUUGUUCAUGAUGCAGGUGCUUACUGCAUGAGCAUGGCCUCGACUUACAAUCUUAAAAUGCGCCCUCCAGAGUAUUGGGUUGAAGAAGAUGGAUCAGUGUCGAAGAUCAGGCAUGCAGAGACAUUCGAAGAUCAUAUGAGAUUCUUUGAGGGUCUUUGAUCGCGGGAACUUGGUACUCAGGCGGCCCGGACCAGAAGUUAAUUAUGUUUUUUAUUUCUGUAACAAUGGAAAUUUUGCAUUUGGAGGUGAAGUUUGCAAAAUGCAGCGCCUUUUUUUUAUACGGUUUGUCAUAUGUGAAUUUACCGAACCAUAGUAAUCUUUAUAUCCUUGAACAAGAAGAUGAACUUUAUAGCAUUUCUAGUUGCAGAUUCAUUGUA